AUGGCAUCAUUAACAAAAGACGAUGAAUUAUGUUCAUUUGAUGUACCCGAAACAGCACGUCAUCCGAGUGGUCAUACAAUAUAUAAAAUUGUAUUACAAAUAACACCAAAAGAAUUAACAGAAAAUAGUUAUCAACUUAUAUAUUGGAAACGAUAUAAUGAUAUUCGAAAAUUGUACGAUGUUCUUCAGCGUUAUCAUCAAGCAGUGUUUCGUCCCGGGAAAUUUCCUGAUUUUCCAGAUAAAUCACGAUUUAUGGAACGUUUUGAUCCAGCUAUUGUUGAAGCAAGACGUGUUGCAACAAAAACUUUUCUUAAUUAUGUUUUACAACAUUUGUAUUUACGUACACAUGAAGCUUAUUUAAAUUUUUUUCAGAAAGGUGAAAAAGUUCUUUUACCUGAUGUUCAAACAGUUACAUUACAACCUGAAAUAGUCAAUACACAUUUACAAACACCUACUAAUAUCAUGCCGAUUUCAUCAACAAUUACAACAAAUGAACCAGUAAUAGAAUCAAAAACUGAAGAACUUUUAUUUACAAAUGAUGAAGAAGAAAAAAUAGAACAUGUAACUAAUACAUGUGCUAAAAUACUUGACGAUCUUAAUGAUCUUCAAUUUGAACAACAAGAACAAAUCAAUCAAGAAAAAGAAGAAUUUGAUGUAAUUCAACAAGAAGUUAAUGAAGCUGCAAACUUACUUUCAUUACCAUUGGCAACAACAUUGAAUCAAAAUAAUUCAUCUUAA